AUUAAUAUGGGCACUCACUUUUUCUUUUUAAUGGAGGUAUUGUAUUAAAUUAUAAAAUAAAUAAAAAAUAAAAUAAAGUAAAAAAAGAAAAAAAAGAAAUCAGAAGAUAACAUUGUGUUGUGCAGACUUAUUUUUUUAAUGCAAAUGUGUAACAGAAGUUGUACCCCAUCCAUAAGAAGCAGAAUUGCUCAAAUCAUUGGACCCCAUGGCUAGUUGACCAUUUGCUUGGAUAUCUCAUUAAUGAUAUGUACAAGAAUAUCUUUUCUGAAUUUGGUUGUUGAAGUAUUGUGAACACAUUUACUUUUUGGAGUAAUGUUAAUUACAAAUCUCACAAACUUCAUUACUCACAAAUAUUAUUAUUGUUAUUGUUAUUGUUAUUGUUAUUAUUAUUAUUAUUAUUAUUAUUAUUAUUUGGUUUUUGAACCCUAAGGACAACUCAACUGGAGCUUGUGAGUGAAAGUAGUUACAGAUUUGUUAGUUUGUAUUUUCAUUUAUUUUACUAUGUGUGUGACUUACAUGGGGUCUCGUGAAGUAGUUCAGCAGCUUUAUCUUUGUCUUUAUAGUCAACAUUCACUAGAUUUUUCUUAUGGGCUGUCAAGUAGCUUUGUAUAGUCAUUUGAAUGCAUGGUAAUUUAAAGAUGGCUGUUCUGCAUUAUAUGUGAUGUAUUUUUGAAUUUGGACCUGACUUUGAUUCACUUUUCUAUUUAUGCUCAUUUGAAAUAUGUGUUUGCUUUUUACUUCAACCCAAGCCGGUGGUGUUUUACAACACAGUUAGUCAAGAUAAGCAUAAAUAGUUUGAGUUUAAUCUCUUGUUGGUAAAUAUUUAUUCAGACGAAGCCAUCUUUGUUGUUGAUUGUUAACAAUCUCUUAGGAUGUGGGGAAAUAGUACAUGUUGUAUGUUUAGGAAAUGGGUAUUUUAUUAUCAAUAAGUCAAUAAUAUGCUCUAUCUAUUCAAAGCUUGCACUGCCUAAUAAACUUAGUCAGAAUUUUAAAUCCAGGUCUAUGAAGUUCAUUUCUCAUUCAGUUCUGAUGUUGCAUUUAUCAUAUGCCUCUCUAUAUGUGGGAAGAUGUGCCAAGCAUCUGAACUUUUUUGUGAUUAUAUGAUUCUAUCAAUUACUUCUCAGAUCUUGGGUUCUAAUUGAGUUGAUAUUUGUAUAUAUAUAAAUUCUGAAAUAAUUUUCUGAGUGCAUCGUGAUGUCACAUAAUUUGUGCUCUAGUUGAGUUUACGUAUGUAUGUAUAUGCGUUCUGAAAUAAUUUUCUGAGUGUAGUGUGAUGGUACUGUUGAUCACAAUGUUUUAUCUUUUGUUUUAGCGCUUAGAGUAUGGAAUGGUAUCAGAAAUAGCAACUGUCCUUGUCCAAUAUAUAUGUAUGAGUUUCAUGCUUAGCUUAACAAAGAAUGCAUUCAUUGCUUGUGCACGCCAUUUUCAAACUGAGGAAUUUUUCAUUCAUUGAAAUAGAUAAAAGCAGUCUGGGUUGCUGAAUCCAACUCUCUCUCUCUCUCUCUGAGGGAAUUAUGUGCAUUUUGGUGGUCCUGUUUUCAUCUACAUAUUUGUACAUCAAAAUUUGGUUUGCUGAUUUCUUCAUUAUACAUGUUACUGUAACUUAUCGUUUAUCAACUAUAUACUUUAGCCAGAAAGUCACUAUAAAUUGUCACACCACUCUCUCUACUUUUCUGCACAUCUUUUCGUAAAAAGUCAAAAAGUUAUUAAAAUAGCUUGUUCCCAAACAAGGAAAUCUGUUGUAGCCUUGAGUUUUUCUCAGAAUUGCUUUCAAACUUUUUCUUGCAGUGAAACAUGGUGCAAAAACGGCCCUUUGGUGAUGAGACAUAUGGGGUUUCUUCUAAGCACCCUAGACAACUGGAGUACAUUUGCCAACUUUCUGCGCUGGAAUUUGUUUGUGCUAAAGAUACAGCAUGGAAACCUAAAAUUUCAGGUGAAGGUGAGGGUGGUUUCUCAAACAGGGAUGAGAAGCAUGUGGAUGGAAACAUUACUGAACUCCCAAUAUGCACUGAAAAGGAUAGUGAAACCAGUUUUCCUGGUUGCAUUUCCAACACGUCCUGGGCCAGCAGCAGUACAAGUGAGGAAGAUGAUGAGUCACAGGCACAGUUUCAUUUAUCAUUCUCUCCAGAGUGUUAUAAUUCUUACCAGCCAAGAAGAACAUUAGGUCACCCUGAAAAGAAAUGUUCCUCUCUUUUGGAGUGUCCUCCUCGAAAACUGGUAUCAAUUGGACCAGAUUUUCAAGCCAAUCUACCAGAAUGGGGUGCUAAGAAUGCUCGUCAAGCUUUAGAAUUGGAUCUUAGUGAUCAUAAUGAUGUUGAGAACAAGCUGGCUGGGAUUUGUGUCAUUCCAAUGCCUGAAUUUGGACAAUCUGCAAACGACAGUGACAAGGUUGGAGGUGGUAGAACUGAUUGCUGCUGUGAGGAUUCUGGGUCUGUCAGAUGUGUUAGACAGCACAUCAAAGAAGCAAGAGAAAGACUUUGUAAAACCAUUGGACAUGAGAGAUUUUCAGAGCUGGGGUUCUCUGACAUGGGAGAGGUAGUGGCUUGUAAAUGGAGUCCAGAGGAACAACAGCUGUUUCAUGAUGUGGUAUAUUCAAAUCCUGCAUCAUGGGGUAAGAACUUUUGGGACCAUCUAUCAAUGGUUUUCCCAACUCGAGCCAAAAAGGACAUUGCCAGCUAUUACUUUAAUGUCUUCAUGCUGCAUAGGCGGGCGGUGCAGAAUAGAUGCGACCCAAUGAAUAUUGACAGUGAUGAUGAUGAAUGGCAUGGGAGUGAUGAUUCUGGAGAUGAUGAUGAAGUUGGGACAGCAGAGGAAGAUGAUGAUUCUGUUGAAUCCCUGGCAUUUCAAGAUGCCCAUGGACAUAAUGAGAUUUUGGAAAAUGAUUCAUAUAGAUAUGAUGAUUCAUAUAAUCACGGAAGUGUUGGUUGUGAUGAGGGUGUCAUCGAUGAUCCUGAAACAUACUCGAGAAUGUUUUUUGAUAAUGGUGGUCCUGAACCUACACUUCAGCUCUGGGAUGAAGAAGGAGAUCAUGAUGUGCAAGAUGACUCAUGCACGUCUGAUGAUGCUGGGACUGAACAAGUGACUCAAGUGAAUCCUAAGAAUAGUAAGUGCCAUUUGGGUAGCGUUAGUAGUAUAAGUGGUGGUGACGGUGAUGAUUUUGUUUUGGAGCAUUAUGAUACUGAAGUAUGGGAUGUUGGGUACUUGACAUGCCCAAAAAAUGAAGUUGAAUUUUUACCUACAUGCAGUGUGAUUGAAGAGGUGUUUGGGGCUGGUGCUUGGAAUUACACGGCAAGAGAUGGUAAGGAUUUGAGUUAGUACUACUUUUGUCAUUUUUAGCUUGCAAGCAAGUGUAUGGAAGUUCAAAGUGUAAGCAUACAAGGGUUUUGCCGCAAAACCCUCUUAGGUUAAUUUUGUUUGGAACUUCUUAUGUUAAAAUGAGUAAGAAACUCCAAUUUUCCUUUGUACAUCCGCAAAUGGUGGAAGAUGGAGGGUCUUCCUUCUGUUCUGUAAGGAUAUGGUUUUUGAAGGUUGUCGGUUUAAAAUCAUUGAAUUGAUCACGUGGAUUAACUAUCCCCUGAUUAUGCGACUGUUACCAUCUUUCUUAUGGUAAAUGCAACAAUAAUUUUCAGCGGGGAUAAACUUGCCUUUUUAUUUUAUUUUAUUUUAUUCUUAGAGAGAGAUUGGUAGCGACUCCAAGUGCAAAGACAAUGUAUUAUGUAGUUUUGUAUUGUUGUUUUUAUUGUAUGCAAUAAUGUAUUAUAGAAAUCAUUCAA